AUGACUACUACGAGUACUACUACUACUACUACUACUGCUGGAGCUACUUCUUCUGAUCAUAUUCUCAACACAACAACAACAAGUUCUAAUAGUAAUCAUUCAACAACAAGUGCAGCAAGAUUUUCUCGAAUUCAUCAUCACUAUAAUGGUAACAUGGUCACUUCGAGUCAACGAAAAACCAUGUUCUUCCCAACACCACCACACCACCAUAGCUCCAUGUCUUCCAUUCUCGAUUACAAUAAUCCAUGGAAGGAUUUAUUCAUUGAACGCUAUCGAAUCAUUCAUGGCAGUAACGCUUCAAGUAAGAGAAAACUUGGAAUUUUCUCUUCUCGUCGUGAAACUUCGAGUGAAGAUUAUGUGGAAAAAGGAUAUCGCUAUGUGUAUCGUAAUGAAUAUAGUAAGGCCAUUCAUUACUUUGAAAAGGCCAUUUCUCUGAGUAAGGAAGGAUCUUGUGCUCGAGCUUGGGAAGGACUCGCGAAAAUUUGUUGGAUUCGAGAUUUACCUCAAUAUGUGAUUGUGUAUGCAGAGGAGGCAUUGAAGAACAAUCCAGUGAAUCCAGGAGAAUUGUUUUUCAUUAGAGGAAAAGCUCUGUUAAAAUUGAAUCGAAUUGUGGAAGCAUUGCCUGAUUUGACCAAAGCUGUGAAUUUUCUGACCAUGAGUCCUGUGAAUUAUCACUUGUUUUUAAAGAUUAGUGAAGUGUAUUAUGAGAGAAUGAUGUGUCAUAUUGAAUUGGGAAAUAUUGAUCAGGCAUUGGCCGAUGGAGAAACUAUCAUGACCACCGAUAAGUGUUUUGAAACAGAUUGCUUUUUUAAGGCUGCCAAAAUUCUCUAUGAAAAGCAACACUAUGACGAUGCUGAAAAAUUCAUGUCCAGUUCCUAUGUGAAAAAAACACCCGAAUAUUAUUUAUUGAAUUUGCAAAUUAAGAGUGCGAAUGGUUGUUAUCCACAAGCACUUGAAAAUUUGAAAAAGUUUGAAGAGUUGGAAGCAAAGAAAAGAUCCAACACUUUUAACAACUCGGCAACGGUCUUGACCAAAGAAUCAUUGAUCGAUAUUGGAAUUGUACUGCUCAUGAAUGAUUGCAUCAAUGAAGCGGUCGAGUAUUUUACCAAAGGAGCUCUAUUAAGAAGCACGGCUGCCUCACAAACCAAUAACACUGCAUCUCCACCAAGCUCCAGUAGUGAUGACCUCAUAUUUAACUCGCUGAUGAGAAGAUCUUCUCUUUCUUUUGCAUUUUCUUCACACAAAGUGAUUGACGAGGAAGCAACACGAAGAGCUAAACUCUUUGUGAUUGAUGCUGCUCAGAGACAAAAAACCGAAUAUUCAAGUUAUUUUGGAGUUGAUCUGAAUGGAAGCUCAUAUUUCGAUAUUCACAUGGCAUGGUCAUAUUAUUAUUAUCUGUUAGCCAUGCUUUAUUACUGUAGAAACACCAUUACAUUCAAUGGCGUUGAAAAAGGAAGAUAUUCUGCCACAUUUUCAACAAGAUCAACUGCAACUCAACUCAUGUCCUUAACGUCGCACAACCAAAAUGACGAAAUGGGAUCUUCUGCUCGAUUGAUAUUAUUAAUCAAAGGUCAGAAAAAUUACAUUUAUCAACAGAGAAAGUUAUCCAUUCGAUUUGUUAACGAAAAUUUAGAAAAUGAUUUGAAACAUUCCAUCACAAACCUCACGAGAGCCAUCACUUUAAAUCCAACAUUGUGUGAAGGAUUUUACUACCGCUCCCUUAUGAAAUGUUUCUUACAAAUUGACAACCAUCUUGUGGCCAUAUGUUCUUCACCCAUGUUUGGAUCAACACUCACUCAAAAUGGAAUUGUUUCAUUCUUGAUCGAAAAAUUCAAGAAAAAGAAGUCACCUCAAAAAGAUGCCAUCACGGAUUACAAGAGACACAAAAAGAUGCACAAAAACAUUUCUGACAAAAUUAAUGUUGUCACGAACAUGAGAGAGUCAUUGAAUGACUGUGAAAAUGCAUUCACUCUCAUUACUAUGGAAUUGAGAAUUAAUACAGUGGAUGAACUCGAAGAAAUUGAUUUUAAAUCAAAUAGCGAUAUUUCUACCAUUGAUUUAUCCACAAAAUCAAGAAAACACACAGAGCUUUUAGUAGAUAUUUUACUCUUACGAGCUUUUCUUUUUUAUAGCUUUGGAAAGAAAGCAGAAUGCACUGAAUGCACGAAUUUAGCAUGUUAUUUGUGUCAUUCAGCUUCUGCUUCUUCGACACCUAGUGAGAAUGCUGAGAAUUGUCCAUCCAAUGCUACUCCUUCCACGACUAGUACGAAUUUGGCCUCACCAUCACAAAUCGAAGAAAAUUCUCAACAAGAAACUGAGCACAUCCUACUAGAAAGUAUUACAUUCGAGAGACAGUUAUUAGCUUGUCAAGGACUCUUUGCUCUCAAUGAAGAUUUUGAAGCUCUUAAAGAAAGUCAUCCUCGUUUCCUCACAAUGAGAAAUGAUGCCAUUCAACGACACGUAGAUCAACUCAUUAUGAAUUUUAUUAUUGAGCCAGAGUAUUCAUACGUUUCUCAACAAUUAGAUUACAUGCUGGUCAUUAUCCAUUCUCAACUUUUACAAAAGGAUUUACAAACAAUUCGAGCUCUGAUCAUCCAUGAAACGUUCACCACAGAUCAUCAUUGA